CUCAAGCCGCUGGAAGUCUCGCGAUGGAGGGAGGAGGCGGUGCACCCCCGGAAGUCCUCGAAGAAAGUCACUCAGGAUGUGUUCUACCUACAAGUCUCGGGACCAACAGUUUGAAGAAAAGCAGUUGGGGGUUCCUAUUUACUGGGAUUAUUGGCGGGACGCUGGUGGCCGUGUAUGCCGUGGCCACACCGUUUCUAAUGCCAGCCCUCCGAAAAAUUUGUCUGCCUUUUGUACCUGCAACUACAAAGCAGAUUGAAAAUGUUGUGAAAAUGUUGCAUUGCAGAAGAGGAUCCCUGGUCGAUAUUGGCAGUGGUGACGGGCGUAUUGUGAUAGCAGCUGCAAAAGCAGGAUUCACAGCCGUUGGUUAUGAAUUAAACCCCUGGCUAGUUUGGUACUCCAGAUACCGUGCUUGGCAAGAGGGGGUGCACGGCUCUGCCAAAUUUUAUAUUUCAGAUUUGUGGAAGGUUACUUUUUCGCAGUACUCAAACGUCAUUAUUUUCGGUGUGCCUCAGAUGAUGCCGCAGUUGGAGGAGAAACUCAUGCUCGAACUGAAGGAUGACGCCAGAGUCAUUGCCUGUCGGUUCCCUUUCCCGCGCUGGACCCCAGACCACAUCACUGGGGAGGGGAUGGACGCCGUGUGGGCCUACGACGUGAGCACUGUGAGAGGCAAGGGGCCCCGGAGACCCGUGCGCUUCCAGCCCGUCAUUCAAAUGUAGACUUUAUUGAGCGCGGUUUCCCGGGUGUUUUUAUUAUUAUAUCCCAACGGGUACCCGGGAGAGGAUUCGAUUUUACAGAGACUUCGAUUUUACAGAGACUUCCAGCUGUGUCUUCAGCAAAGAGUAUGUUUUUCUUCGGUAUGGAAUGAAGAAGUACUAUUACUUUCCUUAACUUCUGGGAAACGAACAGAAGUCAAGAACAGCCGGUAGAUUUAAAGUCCCUUUUUUAGGCUGUAUUCGAGAAGGUGGUCUUACUGUCCUUCCGUGCGCUCAGAUGUGUGAAAAUAUGAAUGAGUGAUAGUCAUUUUGAUGUGCAGGAAGAUGUGAACAGCUCCUGACAUUAUAAAAAAUAUGAUUUAAUGCCAGAGAUGAGAAAAAAAACAACACUUUUUAAAGAGGGUAUGUCUUAACAAAUAUUUGUAGUUUCCUCUAACUUCAUUUAUACUUAAGAUUUAUGGA